AUGUUCGGGAAUAGAAGGAAAAGAGCGACUUCGAACCCGCCUCUCAAUGGAUCCAAUGCGAACCCUUCCGCGACGACGGCCGCUGCCCAGGCUUUCCUGAAGAAUCGCGCCUCGAAUGCCUCCCUGUCAUCCGCUGCAGCCGCUGCUGCUUUGCGGUCACGACCAACAACUCCAACCUCUGUGGCGGAUGUGCAGACAAAGCGGACUAUGAGACGGUCUGGUUCGACAUCUUCUAUGGGAAGUUCGACAUCUACGUCAAGGCCACAACUGGAACGACGAGGGAGUAAUGGUUCGAUGUCUGAAAGAUCCUUCCGGGAUCCUUCCCCGAAUCGUGCUGCACAACCGGUUCCCAGCGCCGCGGAUGCGCCUCCGGUACCUACGAUUCCGCACAAUAUACCUACAAAGUCACACAGACGUGCGGCAAGUCUGGAAUCCCCUGGAUUACGGGUGGCAUCCCCUCCUCCCAACAGGGCCUCAGGACGCGGAUCGAGCUUAGGACCUGCUGGAAUGCCGCAAACCACUAGGACACGCGGCCAAAGACAGUCAAGCUUAUCCAGUGUAUCAGAGCUAACAAGUAUAGAGAGACCGGCGAGUAGAGGGUCCGUUAAUUUUUCCUUGCCUACGAGUUCAAGACCAACAUCACCUGUCAAACAGAGACGGCUAACAUCUCCAUCUCCUCAAAGGCCAAAUCAACCAAGAAUCACUUCUCCUACCCAGCAAGAUCUAGUCUAUGACCCUAAUACUCGAAGUUUUCUACCGGCUGCAGAGGUUCAUGCUAUUGAGCAGAAACUUUACGAUGUCGCAAACAAGCCAGUCAAGAAAAUGAAGCGAAUUGCACCUCAACAAGCUACAGGAACAUAUCUAGCAUAUGGGUCCGUUGGAGGGAAGCCAAGAGGCACAGCGAUAGACGCUAUGGAAGCAGAGUCGAGUAGGGCAGCAGUAGAACGACCAACACCUGCAGCUGCCCCGAUACCCAAACCAACUCCUGCGCCCGCCCCUGUGCCAAAAAAGAAGAAAAAACAGGUGAUCGUAGACAGCGAUUCUGAUAGCGACCAGGCAUCAUACGCUCCGAACUCAUCCGAUAAUGAUAGUGAUGCGCCACGAUCAGCGACGCAUACUCGUUUGACAAAGAAACCCUCGAUUGUGCGCGAGGACCAGGAACGAGAGGAAGAGGAAGAUGAUACCCCACAAUGGACGGCAGCUUCAGGCAAUCUUCCCAGACUAAAUACUGGCCCUACGCGUACAAUUUCUCCAACCCCAGCACCUCGGUCAAAUACUGGGAGAGGGCAAGGGAGAGGACAUGGGAGAGGACAAGCUUCAGCAUCUGCCGCAUUUGCCCAAGAACGGCAACAUACCAGAUCUGCAAGCCAGCCCGCUCCAGCACCUCUUGAUUCGACCUUUGUCGAAAGCAUCGCUCCUCGGGCAGCAAAGGGCAGUGUUCGAGGUGGAAGAGUACAAUCUGUCAGUCCAGCACGUACACCACAUUUCGCGAUAACGCCCGAAAAUCUCCAGGUCAAGCAUCAACCUCCGCCUCGAUCAAUCUCCCCACGCAAAUCAGCAUUGAAAACCUCAAGUACGCCUAGAGGACCAUCUCCGAAUGAUGUCGAUAGUUCAGCCAUUGGCCAAGCUACUAGUGAGACUUCGGAUGACCUUUCAGUGCCAAGGAAGAAGGCCAACCGUGUCAGUUUUGAUGAUGGUAAUGUUGCAGUGGGUCAAGCGACGACGCCUGUGACUACAGAUUCGCCAAUUGUCCAAAGCCCUCAGGCAAAAAGACCCUGGUAUAGCAUCGCGAAGGGUAAAAAGAAGGACACCGCUAUGAUGGACGAUCAGGAUGACGAGAUCAUGAAACCAAGACCAGCGUUACCUUCAUUUGGAAGCGUAAGGCAAAAGAAAGAAAAGCCCCAGGAGGAGAAAGAGCGCACGUUGGUCAAACCAGUGGAACCAGUGGAAUAUACGGAACCUCUUGCAUCUUCAACAAUAUUUACGACGCCGACUGACGAGGUUGUAGAACAGCCAACAGGUCAGUCCAAUGAUCACUUGGCUGGAUCAAUACUCUCUCAAGAUGCUGCCUUGAAAAAUGCUGCCAAUAUAUCGAAAUCCCGAGAACCAUUACCUCCACAGGUCGUCUCAGUCGAGGGGGACGGCUUCAAUUCAGACACCAGCAGUGUGACAAGCUUGGGUAUCCAAGAUUCUCCUUUGGUGGCUGCGAAGAUCGAAAGUGGAAAUACUGCGCCCAUAGCAGAUGACGUCGAGGCAUCGCGGGAGUUCGCAACCCCCAUAGCAGAAGAGAAGGAAGGGGGACACGGCAGGGCCAACGGCACAGUGCCAACGAUUUCUAUACUCCAACCAACGCCAACCCUAGAAGAGACACUCGGUAAAUUGGAAUGGCCGAAUAUGCCUGGCGGGUGGAGGAAUUCAAAUAGUCAUUCAGAAUCAAGCGCCAGUCAAGAGCGAGAAAGUCCUGUGAUCGUCGAACAUCAUGUCACUGAUGCAAGUCUCGCUGAUGUCGGCAUUGCAGAGCCUGAUCCCUCAACUCCUCGAUCAGGCUCACCUGUUUUGGGUGAGAUUGCCGCUGAGAAUUCGCAUUUCCAUGACACCCCAGCCAUCGCCGAAGAGUCUGAAGAGUCUGAUACGAGCGUAUACAGUGACGCCGCUGAAGACCUUUCUAAUGGUGAAGGUGAUGGCUUUAUGUCACUGGAUGCUGUUGUUGACAGUCCGGUAAUCCCAAGCUCAAGAGGCUUUGUUGAUAUACCUGUACCAGACAGCCCAACCCCGAAAGCAGUAAAGGAGAGAGCGUACAAGCAGAGUCAGCUAUCGACACCAAAUAGCGAGCCAGAUCAUGAGGGGUGGGAAAAGGCUCAAGAAUACUGGAAGGGUCUAUCGGCUGAGAAGAAGCUUCAAUUGGAGGAAGAAGCUAGAGCAGAAGCUGAGGGGUCCGGUUCCGAUACAGAAGUUGAAGCGAGACCGAUACCCACGCCGACUAAGAAGAAGAAGGUCAAGGUCGCGGUCGCUCCCAAAACAGUAUCGGAGCAGCGCCAACCUGCUCAUAACGAACGGAGCUAUAUGAUUACCCCGGGGCAAAAAGCUGGUCCCAAUGGUCAUGGCCCUGUCAUGCGUUCUUCGAUGCGGGCAGAAGCGCCAAGUUCCCCAUCAGACACCCACAUACGGCAAUCGAUGCGGACCCAAAACUCGAAGCGCAGCUCCCUUCGGGCAGCCGAAUCAGCCGAGCCAAAAGGAGCAUUGCAAAAGAAAGCUCGACCAAUGUCAUACCCGCCACCUCAAAAGGGAGAAUUCGUACCUGACUCUGCGCAAGUCGAUGCCCUCAUGGACAGGAUGGCGAGAGCGGCAGCUGCAGCCGCACCUGCGCCUGCGCCUGCUACUGGGAAGAAAACGACUCGUCCAGCAUCGACUCAAGGUCCAUCGCCAUCUCUUCGACGAAGGGGCUCUGGUGAUAGCGACAGUAGCUUCAAGCGUGUUAGGUCCGGAUCUACUACCAGUGAUAUCCCUUCUUUUAGGCGAUCGAUGCGCGCUUCCAACGAGCCGCAUAACGACUCACCUGUAGGGUCAAGUAGGUUUAGCCUGCGCUCUCUAUCGCCUACUGGCUCUACGGCACGUCGGCCAUUCAAUAGUGGGGGAUCAAGUGCUGCCAGCUCAAACCCGACACAUAUGCGAAUGUCGAUGCGCAGCGGCUCUGGUCCGGCGCCCACACUUCGUGCGCCUGCAAGAGCCAAAUCGCCGCUACGCCUAGGAUUCGGUCGUUCUUCCUCGUCCAAGCCUUCGAAUCAAAGGGCCACUCCUAAACGCUCUAGCAGAUUUGCAGACUCAUCAGACGAAGAUGACGGUCCCUCUGGAUUCCGAAGCCGCUUCGCCGACUCUGACGACUCUGAUGGCGGGCCACCUCCUCUUCCCCGCCAAAAUGGCCUAGCAUCAAAAUCUAUGCGCAUCAACGCACCCUCAUCCGCUCCUGUCCGUAGCAUCCCUAAGCGUACCGGCGCCGAAGAUGGUGACUCCAGCGAUCUCCCCGAUUCCGAUGAGGAGAAGACGAAAUCCCCAACUCUCACUCAAAACGGGAUUCGUAGAUCAGGCAGCGGUAGAGGAGCAAUCGGCCUCGGCUCAACCUCCACGACCAUUACCACCGUCAGUGCAUCUGGCCGCCCCCCAAAUCAGCGCGGGGGAAGCAUAAUGUCUAUCCUACGCCGUAAGAAAGCAGACCCAAUUUCAAAAGUGCGUAAAUCCGAGGUAGAAUCUGCUGCUCGUCGCGACACUCCAUUGGAAAGAAGUAGGAGCGAUCUUGAUGCUAUUCGAAAUGGUCAUCAGUCUCCGAGAUUGCAGAAACGCAAUCCUAUGUCUAGGGAGAAUAGCAGCUCUUGGCCUUUACCGGAGCCGGGGAUCCUGGGUAAGGAUGGGAGACCGGUUACGGCUGAUGCUGUGGGUGCGGGCGGUAUUAGACCAGAUCUUGGCAAUAGGAGGAACACGACGGGGUUGACUGAGGUAGAUAUUGCGGGUGUUACUGCUGGUCUGAAUGGGGUGAGGAAGAAGAAGAAGUUUGGGGCGCUGAGGAGGAUUUUUAAGUUGGAUGAUUAG